CAAAAUGGCAGCUAGAAAAAGGCACCAAAAUCAAAACACAAAUGCAAACGCCGAAUCAAGCAAUACCACGCGCAAAAAAGCUGGUAAAAAGAAGGAGAGCAAUGAAGACAAUGGAAUGUCGGGCGAUCUUAAGUACAAAAUAUUUAUUGCAGUUCUAGCUUUAGCAGUUGGAUAUGUGCACAGAAACCAUGUGUAUGGGAUGUUUGAGCGAGACAAGCACUUCUCCCACUUGUCUGGUUUGGAGAGGGAACUGUCUUUCAGAACAGAAAUGGGCCUUUAUUUCUCAUACUUUAAAACCAUCAUAGAGGCUCCAACAUUCCUGAAUGGGAUGAACCAGAUAAUGUAUGACAAUAUCACCGAGUAUCCCGACACCAUCAAUGUUCUCAAGCGAUUCAACCUUUACCCCGAGGUUGCUUUGGGUAUUGCCUAUCGUGUGUAUGAUUCUGUCAUGGCUGCCAUGAAGAAAGAUACCAAGAUAUGCUGGACAGUCAACAGAGGGGAGGGACUGUCCCCUGUCCAGAGCUGUGAGGGUCUAGGAGAGCCUUCCUAUUUUUAUGUAGAGGCCGUUUUCUUUCUAAAUGGCUUAAUGAUGAGCGUGUUCUUUCUGUUCGGUGUGUAUUUGAGUGGCAAUGUGAAUGGUGGAAUCUUAGCUGUGGCUUCUUUCUUCUACAAUCAUGGGGAGUGUACCCGAGUACAAUGGACUCCUCCCCUCAGAGAGAGCUUCGCCUACCCGUUCCUUAUCAUUGAAAUGUUCCUGGUCACCCAUACCCUCAGAGUAAAAAAUCCUUCCUACAUCCACAGUAUUGGGAUAGCCAUGGCUGUCAUCAGUUUUAUGCUUCCAUGGCAGUUUGCCCAGUUUGCCUUGAUGACCCAGGCCGUAGCCGUGUUCUGUACCUACGUCCUUGGGUAUAUCGGAUCUCAUAAGGUCAAGGUCAUUCUUUCAGGAUUGUUGAUGGGUCUGGGAGUGAGCUAUGUCCUCCUGUUCGGGAAUGAGAUGCUGCUAACCUCUUUCUUCUUGUCCUCACUCGUCACCAUAUUUAUUAUUGUAUCAAUGGAACCAUUGCUCAACAAACUCAACUACAAAAUCAUCAUUUGGGCUGCGCAGGGUGUUUUGCUGAUUGUGGGUACUGUUGGAAUGAAGAUCCUGAUAGCUAAACUCAUCAAUGUGGCUGAUGAUGAACACAUAGGGGACAUCUUCAGAAGCAAGUUCUCGGACUUCAACAACUUCCACACCAUGCUGUAUACAUGUGCUCCAGAAUUUGACUUCCUGGCUGCUGAGACGUACUGGAAGCUGCUGAAGACCGUACUGUUACCUACUGUCGGUGUCAUCAUCAUUGUGUUCAGUGUCAAGGUUUUAAAGUUAGAGUACAAUUUAUGGAAGAAGACAUCCCCUGUGGAGGAUGAAGGAGAGAUUGUGCUGGAGGGAGAACAUCGCAGUAAACCCCACGCUGAUUAUGUGUACCACAUGUUCCAAUUGGUGGCGUUCACCCUGAUGGCGGUAAUUAUCAUGCGACUGAAGCUGUUCUGGACGCCACAUCUCUGUCUGAUGACCUCACUACUGGCCUCCAGAAAGCUGUUUGGUUGGAUUGGAGGAAAAGAGAAGCAUUAUGCAGUCAUUGCUGUCCUGUUGGCGUGUAUGACUGUGGAGGGAAUCCAGAACAUCUGGCAUCAGUGGAGCAUCAUGGGAGAAUACAGCAACUAUCCCCUGGAGGAGCUGGUCGAGUGGGUCAAGGUCCAGACCCCAAAAAAUGCUGUGUUUGCUGGUCCUAUGCCAACAAUGGCCACCAUUAAGUUGUGCACUGGGAGACCCAUAGUGAAUCACCCCCACUACGAGGAUGCAGGGCUCAGAGCAAGGACGAUGAAGGUGUACUCCAUGUUCAGUAAGAAGCCUCUCUCUGAGGUCAAACAGAACAUGAUAGAUCUGAAGGUGGACUUUGUAAUCCUGGAGAACUCUUGGUGUGUCCGCCGCCAAAAAGAGGGAUGUGGAAUGGCAGAAAUCUGGGACAUCGAGGACAAGAAGAAUCGACACGAAACUGUCCAGGCAUGUACGAAACUCAGGGAAAGACCGGAACCAUACUUCAGCCGAGUGUUCCGAAACGACAUAUACGACGUCUUAAAGGUUUCCAAGUGGUAAAAACAGGGAAGGAGGAGAACAGUUUUUAUUACAAUUAAAAAAAAUGUGAUACUUUCUAAACUAGUCCCUUAACAUAUUAUACAAAUUAUUUUAAUGGAGAUGAAGUGAUUUAAUUUAUUUUAUCUAAGAUCCAGUAAUGUUGUUAUAUUAAUUUAACAAGAUUUAGAGCCAUAAGAAGUUAACAUUAACUUUAUUGAUUUGUUAUUUUAAAAAAUUUAAAGUAUUAAUUUUAUUUGAUUUGGUUUCUGCUUUGGAACAGUGAUAUUGUUCUUUUAUUUAUCUUUUUUUUAUACAGAGAAGUAUGAAGGAAAAAUAUGGGAUGUUGAAACCAUAUGAAUAUAACAUUUUUAUUGCAAAGAUAAAAACCCUUUUGAAGUUCCUUAAAAUAUUUAGAAUGCCUUGUUUUAUAAGUGAUAUAUCAGUUAAAAGAAAUACAUGUGCAUUCAAUGAGAAUAAUGGCAUUCUUUAUUUCUUUUAUAAACUAAUAGGGAAAUGUUAUUAUAUGUACCUAUCUUUAAUACAUGUAUAUACAAAUAAGGAUAAGCAUAAUCAUAAUCUGUGUAUAGCUUGCCAAAAUUAACAUGACAAUUUUUUCCGUUAUUAUUUUGAAUCCCUGGCCUUUCUCAGGCAAUUAUGCAAUCUCAGACUCAAACCACUAGAUGUGAUUUUCUUUUUUUGCUUUAUUUUAGUUUGUUUGUUUGUUAUGGCAGUUUGUUUUUUUUUUGGUUUAACUGCUUUAUGUGGAGGGGAGUUGUGUGAUUUCGCUUGCUGAAUGUGUUGUUCAUUUGAUUUAUGCCUCUGAAUGAUUUUGAGUGGUCAUUAUAUAUAGUGUUAUAAGGGAUAGAAUGGGGCUUACUGUUGAAUCUUCAUUUUUUAUUCUGGAUCAGAUUCCAGAGCCAUGGAGCAGUAUUUGUCUUAGACUUACGAAGUCAGCAUUAUCAUCAUUUUAGUAUAUAUACCAUAAUUAGGGAAAGGCGGGAAAUUAAUCAUGGACAAACAUGAUCUAAUACAUUUUUAAAAACUUCUUGAAUUAAAGCUGAACACGGCUCGUAAAUAGGCACCGUCACACAGGUACCUGGUAUAUAAACUCUUCGAUUUUGUUACACCUGAUUGCACACCUGAAACUUUUGGCCGACGUGUAGUAAUGCUUUUGUGGUCUUUGGAUUCUAUGCAUUUAAUUCUUAUUUUUUGUGCACAUUCUGUUUUUAGAAUUAUAUUUUGACCAGUUUAUUUGAUGUAAGUAUUCUCCUGGCUUGAAAAAAGUGUGGAAAACUUGAUAAUUUCAUUGUGACCGAGUAACAUGGUAACAGGCAGGUGAGAUCUUUACAGCAAAAUACUUAAAACUGUUAAGAGGUCUGCAGCUUAUAUAGGGGCUGAAGGGAUAACGGUGGUAGAAGAGAAAUAUGGCAAAUAGUGCCUAUUUAUGAGCUGUGUUCAGCUUUAAUUUUCUUUUUCAGUCAAGAUAUUUAAAAUCUAUGGCUUAAAUUAAUAACUCUUUUGUAUUCCAAGUGCUGGUGUUUGUAAAUGUCAUUGGUUUCCCCCUCUCAGAAAACAUUCCAUAUGAAUGAAGACUGUUUAUGAUUGGCUCCAAACAAACUUAAAUCAUUCUUAUUAAAAGCAUUUGAUUGGAUGAUAUCUACAUUACUGGCAUUGUGUGUAACGGUGUAGCAUUAUUGGUUCGGGGUUAAUGAGACUGUUUAUGAUCUCUACAAAUUUAAAUGAUUCUUAAGUAUUUGAUUGGAUGCCAUCUACAUUACUGGCAUUGUGUGUGUGUUAUGGUGUGGCAUUAUUGGUUUGGGAUUUAUGAGAUUUUUGUUCUUCAUUACUACUAAAUAUUCAUUGUCAUCCUAAUACAAUCAUUAGAUACAUGUAUCUUUGUUGAAAUGUGCAUGGUUUUAAUUAUUGUAAAUGAUAUUAAGUCAAUAUACCUGCCAAAUUAAUAUGUAUUGUUGAAUUUUUUUUCAUUACCGGUAUUUGUUUUGAUUGAACUGUUUCUUGCCAAAAUUUAGUGAUGUCAAUUAUUUUGAAAAAACUGGUAAAGACACCUUUAUACCUUUAAAUUAUAGAUAUGGUCCAAUCAGGAUUAAUUUAUUUCUUUGAAAUUAUGUUUACAAAUAUAAAUUGUAUUUCAGUAGGCAAUUUAGAAAUCUAUUUGAUGAAAUCUACAAAUGACCUUAUAUGAGUGUUUGCAUAAUCAAUAAGAGCAAUUGUACAUGUACAAUGAACUUGUGACAUCAUACCCAAUUUAAGGGUUAUUGAACUCUGUCUCAAAAUAUCAUUCUUACCGUCAUGUAUCACAAUAUUUAUAGAAAUAAACACUGUCAUAUUAUCCAUCUAUAUGAA